CUGUCGCAAUGGUAGAGGAAAAGAAAGGGCAAGUUGCGAAGAAGGGUGCGAAGAAAGUGGUGAAGAGGGCGCCAGCGAAAAGCGGUAAGAAGAGAAGAAGGUCUAGAAAAGAAAGUUAUUCUAUAUACAUCUACAAAGUGAUGAAGCAGGUUCACCCCGACACCGGCAUCUCCUCCAAGGCCAUGAGCAUCAUGAACUCAUUCGUCAACGAUAUUUUCGAGCGCAUCGCGGGAGAGGCUUCCCGCCUGGCCCAUUACAACAAGCGCAGCACCAUCAGUUCCCGGGAGAUCCAGACCGCCGUGCGGCUGCUGCUGCCCGGGGAGUUGGCCAAGCACGCCGUAUCGGAGGGUACAAAGGCGGUGACCAAGUACACCAGUUCCAAAUCUCCUCGCGGGUUUUGUCGGGUUGCUGAGGCUUUUUGCUGUCGGGGAGAUACUUUCAAAAUGAGCCGAGAUAAAACCAGAACAGCUGCCAGACUGGCAUAGUAAAUGUGGAGCUUUUGCUGAACUCUGAUCGAGUGCAAUUUGGGAGGGCCGCGUUUAAAUAUUCUCGAAAAACGGUGUCCGCAAUUAAUGCGCUCACCUGGAAGAACGUUAUCGAAUGUUUUAUCAACUUAUCGGGUGUUUUUGAAA